ACUCCACAUUCACAUACAAUUAUCAUUACACCAUUUCUUCCUUCUAACCAUGGCUUCAUCUCAAGUUCAAUCCUUUUUUCUUUUCUCAACUUUGGUAUUCUUAUCCCUUUCUUCUCUGUCGAGCUCACAACCUACUUCAUUCAGACCAAAAGCACUGGUCCUUCCAAUCACCAAAGAUGCAUCUACACUUCAAUAUCUAACUCAGAUCAAACAAAGAACACCUCUAGUUUCCAUAGACGUAGUCGUCGAUCUUGGCGGUCAGUUCCUAUGGGUAGAUUGUGAACAAGGUUAUAUAUCAUCAACCUACAAACCUGCUCGUUGUGGAUCAGCACAAUGUUCGCUAGCAAGUAAAUCGCCUACAUGUGGAACAUGCUUCUCCCCACCUAGACCAGGAUGCAAUAACAACACUUGCGGUCUUUUCCCUGGGAAUACCAUCACUCACACUUCCACAAGUGGAGAACUUGCUUCAGAUGUUGUAUCUGUGCAGUCCACAGACGGUUCAAACCCCGGAGCCGACGUUACCGUGAAGCAGUUUAUAUUCAACUGUGCACCAACUUCUCUGUUGGAAGGACUUGCUAAGGGUGCUAAAGGAAUGGCUGGUUUUGGUCGUGAAAAAAUAGGGUUACCUUGGCAAUUUUCAGCUGCUUUCAGCUUUCCUAGAAAAUUUGCCAUGUGCUUAUCAUCUGGAAAGGGUGUCAUGUUUUUUGGUGAUGGUCCUUAUGUGCUGCAACCAGAAAAGGAAAUUUCAAGUUCACUUCAAUACACUCCUCUAUUAAUCAAUCCAGUCAGUACUGCAGGAGCAUUCUCACAGGGUGAAAAGUCAGUUGAGUAUUUCAUUGGAGUAAAAUCCAUUAGAAUCGACGAAAAAGAGGUCCCGGUGAAUAAGAAUUUGCUGUCAAUCACUACGGAUGGAGUUGGAGGAACCAAGAUUAGCACUGUUAAUCCUUACACAGUGAUGGAAACAUCAAUUUACAAGGCUGUUGUUGAUGCCUUCACCAAGGAAGCUGCAGCUAGGAAUAUUUCUCGAGUUGCUUCCGUAGCGCCUUUCGGAGCAUGUUUUAGUAGAAAGAAUGUGCUGAGUACUAGACUUGGGGCUGCCGUGCCAACUAUCGAACUUGUGUUGCAAAAUGAGAAAACUAUUUGGAGGAUUUUUGGAGCUAACUCGAUUGUCCAAGUCAGUGACGAUGUUUUGUGUUUAGGAAUUGUUGACGGAGGCGCAAAUCCGAGGACGUCUAUUGUUCUGGGUGGAUAUCAGUUGGAAAACAAUCUUUUACAGUUUGACAUUGCAAGAUCAAGACUUGGGUUCAGUUCAUUGCUUUUUGGCAGGCAAACUACUUGCUCAAACUUCGAUUUCACCACUAAGGCUUAAUCAUUACAGUUUGAAUUGAAUAGGUCACAGCCUUACUAGAGUUUGUACUACUAUAGUUUGUGAUUUCUUCUUCUUCAUUUUUUCGGUUUAUAUGUUUGAUGUGAUUUAAUGAGAAUAAUGGUUGUGAUUAAUGUCACAAAUUAAAAUAAAUACUUAAAAAUUGUACUGUAAAUAUUCAUUUUACUACUGAAUGUAACCAAUGGCACUUAAGUGGUUAAAAAAA